AGCUUUUCUGUGCGUCUGGCUCACAGCUGCGGUCAGUGAGGAACAGGGAUGCAAGCAGAGGAGAGGCGUCUCAUAACAAAAUGUUGAACAUUCAUCGCUUGAUUCUGGCACAAAUAACUUUUUCUGCAGUUUUCCUAAGUUUGAUGUUUUGUGGAACUACCCAGGCUCAGCAACAGAGAGGGUUGUUUCCAGCAGUUCUCAAUUUGGCAACAAAUGCCCGUAUCACAACAAAUGCUACAUGUGGUGAAACAGGACCGGAGACCUUUUGCAAGCUGGUAGAGCAUGUUCCAGGGCAACCUCUUAAGUAUUCUCAGUGUCGCACUUGUGACCAGAAAAGCUCCAUUCCGAACUUACGUCAUCCAAUUAGCCAUGCUAUUAAUGGCAAAAACUCCUGGUGGCAAAGUCCAAGCAUCCAGAAUGGUAUGCAGUAUCACUAUGUGACCAUUACAUUAGAUCUUCAGCAGGUGUUCCAGAUUGCUUAUGUUAUUAUCAAAGCUGCCAAUUCCCCUCGCCCAGGUAACUGGAUUUUGGAGAAAUCUCUUGACGGUGUGAAUUACAAGCCCUGGCAAUACUAUGCCAUCACGGACGGUGAAUGUCUGGCAAGGUAUAAAAUCCACCCUCAGCCUGCACAGGCUUCCUUCACGAAGGAUGAUCAAGUCAUAUGCACCUCCCAUUAUUCGAAGAUUCACCCACUGGAAAAUGGAGAGAUAUUUACUUCACUUAUAACUGGAAGACCAAGUGCAGAAGAUCCCUCUCCAGAACUCCUUGAAUUCACAUCAGCACGAUAUAUUCGACUAAGUUUACAGCGUAUUCGGACUCUAAAUGCUGAUUUGAUGAUGUUAUCCCAGAGCAAUUACAGAGACAAAGACCCCAUUGUUACAAGAAGGUAUUUCUAUUCCAUAAAAGAUAUUUCUGUGGGUGGAAUGUGCAUCUGUUAUGGUCAUGCAAGAUCCUGCCCAUUUAAUCCAGCCACCAAAAAAUCAUCUUGUGAAUGUGAGCACAAUACCUGUGGAGAUAGUUGUGAUCAAUGCUGUCCUGGAUUCAACCAAAAACCUUGGAAGGCUGGGACAUUCCUUCUGAAACACGAGUGCGAACCCUGCAACUGCCAUUGGAAGAGUGAAGAAUGUUAUUAUGACCAGCAAGUAGCAGACAAGCGCCUCAGUUUGGACAUUCACGGAAACUACUCUGGUGGUGGAGUGUGCAUUAACUGCACAAGUAAUACAGCUGGAAUUAACUGUGAGACAUGUAUAGACCGCUUCUACCGGCCAAAAGGGGUUUUACCAACUCAACACUAUCCCUGCCAAGCAUGUAUCUGUGAUUUCAUUGGCUCUUUACAUGAUAUCUGUGUGAAGGAUGAAAAACAAGCUCCAUGGGGAAUGCUACCUGGUGCCUGCCAUUGCAAGCCUGGCUAUGCAGGGGAGCGAUGUGAUAAAUGCGCCGUGGGUUACACUGGUUAUCCGGAGUGUGUGAGGUGCAACUGCAGUUUAAUUGGCAGCUCAAAUAAAGAUCCAUGCAUUGAUCCGUGCAUCUGCAAGAAUAACGUUGAAGGACAAAAUUGUGACCAGUGCAAGAUUGGCUACUUCAACCUCCAGAAGGAUAAUCCCCAAGGGUGUGAUCAGUGCUUUUGCUCUGGAGUUUCCAAUAUCUGCACGGAAUCUCGCUUUGCUUACACUAAGAUCACUGAUAUGAAUGGCUGGUAUGUUACGGAUUUAUCUGGCUACACCAGAGUUGCACCAGCAAAAGAUGGUUUUGAUGGUCCACAUCAAUUAAGCAUUAAAAAUCAGGAUGCUAGGGCUCAAGGUCUUCAGGAAGUUUACUACUGGGCAGCUCCUCCUACGUAUUUGCGUAGUAAAGUUACAGCAGUGGGAGGACAUCUGUCUUACACCAUCUCAUAUGAUGCAUCCGUGAAGAAAGACACUGAGGAUUCUACAAAUUAUCCUGCUAUAAUUAUUGAGGGCAAUGGUAUAAAGAUCAGCUCUCAGCAGGAAGCUAUCCAACUAGGACCAUUUGAAGAAAUCACAGAAACUGUAUUGCUCCACCCCGAAUCAUUCCAUAUCUAUGGUACAGAAUUUCAAGUGAGCAGAAGAGAGUUCAUGAUGGUACUUGCAAACGUGAAAAAACUUCUUAUUCUAGCAACAUACAGUAAUGAGCCGGAGGCAGUCUACAGGCUAAGUUCUGUUACACUUGAAGUAGCUGGUGAUCCUUUGUCAUCUGGAAAUGCAGCAUUUGGUGUGGAGCUUUGUCAGUGUCCACUAGGAUUCAGUGGAACAUCCUGUGAAUCCUGUUUACCAGGAAAUAGACGAGUUAAUGGGACUCUCUUUGGUGGAAGCUGUGAACCAUGCCGAUGCAAUGGCCACACUGAUAGGUGUCAUGAUGUCACAGGACACUGUUUGGACUGCCAGCAUAAUACCUAUGGCAGAUACUGUGAUUAUUGUCUGCCAGGUUUCUAUGGCAAUCCCAGUGAGGGCACUGCAGAAGAUUGUAAGCCAUGUGCCUGUCCUUUGACCAUAGCUUCUAAUAACUUCAGCCCUACUUGCCAUUUGGACCAAACUCGAGGAUUUAUUUGUGAUUCAUGCCGUCCUGGAUAUGCAGGAGAGCGCUGUGAGAGAUGUGCAGAAGGGUAUUAUGGACAGCCAUCCGAACCAGGAGGAUCAUGUAAACCCUGCAAGUGCAAUGACAACCUUGACCUUUCUACUCCUGGAUGCUGUGACAGUCAGACAGGAGCCUGCCUUAUCUGCAAGCUGGGAAUAACAGGGCAAUACUGCAAUAAAUGUGCAGAAGGAUAUUUUGGCAAUGCCCUUGAAGCAAAAGGCUGUCAGUCCUGCAACUGUCAUAUCAAUGGUUCUUUGUCCACAUCUUGCAACAUUGAAACAGGACAGUGUGAGUGCAGGAACAAUGUUAUUGGCCGCCAGUGUGAUGAGUGUUUGCCACAAACCUUUGGCAUCCAAUCUGCACAAGGCUGUGUUCCUUGUAAUUGCAACUCAUUUGGUUCCAAGUCUUUUGAUUGUGAUGACAGUGGCCAAUGCCGAUGCCAACCUGGAGUAACUGGAAAGAAAUGUGAUCACUGUGCUCAUGGAUUUUAUGAUUUCCAAGAAGGAGGAUGUACCCCAUGCGAAUGUCCUCAUGUUGGAAAUAACUGUGAUGCAGACACUGGUCAUUGUGUUUGUCCUCCCAACACUCUUGGAGAACGGUGUGACGAAUGUGCACCAAAUCACUGGGGAUACAGUAUUAUCACUGGAUGCAAGGCAUGUAAUUGUAGCAGCCCAGGGUCCCUCAGUCUGCAGUGUAAUCCAGAUACAGGGUGUUGCUUCUGCCGGCCAAACUUCUCCGGUGAUAAAUGUUCCUCCUGCCGACUGGGAUACAUAAAAUAUCCUACCUGUGUGAACUGUGACUGUAUGCUAGCAGGAAGUCAACCACAUACCUGUGAUCAAGAGACAGAGAAGUGUUCUUGUGCUGAGGAAACAGGGCAAUGCAAUUGCAAGAUGAAUGUAGAGGGGGUUCUCUGCGACAGAUGCAAGCCCAGUACUUUUGGACUCCAUGUAGGGAACCCACUUGGUUGCAGCAGCUGCUACUGCUUUGGUCUUACUACCCACUGCACAGAAGCAGAUGGACUAAUCCGUAUGUGGUUGACCUUAAAGCCAGAUCAGACGGUGCUUCCAUUGGUGGAUUUGACACAGCAACACAGGACAACAAAAGGAGUCACUUACCAGCAUCCAGAAAUUGUUGCAAUGAUCGAUCAAGUUAAAGAAGAUCUUCACGCUGAACCCUUUUACUGGAGACUACCCCCGCAAUUUGAAGGCAGAAAGCUUACAGCAUAUGGUGGCAAACUGAAAUAUGCCAUUUACUUUGAAGCACGCGAUGAGACUGGCCCUUCAACUUAUGAACCUCAAAUUAUAAUUAGAGGAGGUCCCCCUGCAAACCAUAGAAUCAUAGUGAAACAUAUGAGUGCCCCACAAAAUGGCCAACUAACAAGACAUGACAUCGAGAUGACAGAGCAUGACUGGAAGUAUCUUGGAUCGGUAGAUGGAAGACCUGUUAGCAGAGAAGAUUUCAUGGAUGUUCUUUAUGAUAUUCAGUAUAUCCUAAUUAAAGCUGCCUAUGGCAAUGUACUGAGACAAACCAGAAUUUCUGAGAUUUCACUGGAAGUAGCAGAGGAAGGAACAUCUUUUACCAUAAGCCCCAGAGCAUACUUGAUCGAGAAAUGUGAAUGCCCACAGGGAUAUUCAGGAUUGUCAUGUGAGGCUUGUGCCCCAGGAUUUUACAGAGUACCUCCAACAACUCCCGGCAGAAGAACUGGUCCUGCAUUAGGCACUUGUGUGCCAUGUCAGUGCAAUGAGCACAGUGACUUAUGUGACCCACAGUCUUCAGUCUGUCAGGCAUGUAAGCACAAUACUGCGGGGGAUCAUUGUGAAAGGUGUGCACCAGGAUUUUAUGGGAAUGUUAAAGGUUCACCAGAUGAUUGCAAACCAUGUGCUUGUCCCUUGCUGUUUCCCAGCAACAAUUUCAGCCCAACCUGUACCUUACAAGGAACAACUGACUACAGAUGUACAGCUUGCCCUCUGGGAUAUGAAGGCCAGUACUGUGAGAGAUGUGCAUCUGGUUACACAGGUAACCCAGGUAUUCCAGGAGGUUCCUGCCAGGAAUGUGAGUGCAAUCCUUAUGGCUCAUUGUCUCUGAUAUGCCAUCCAUCCACCGGCCAAUGCACGUGCAAAACUGGAUCAACAGGGUUGAAGUGUGCAGGCUGUACUGAUCGGCAUGCGCGAGAAGGCCCAGUGUGUGUGUUUUGUGAUGAUGAAUGCACAGGGCUCCUUCUUGAUGACUUGGAACAGCUAAACCAGAUGGUCAUGAGUGUUAAUCUUUCUGGCCCAUUGCCUCCACCUUACAAAAUGCUGUUUAAUUUUGGAAAUCAGACUCAGGAAUUAAAGCAUUUACUGUCUCCUCAACGAGCUCCAGAAAGACUGCUCCAGCUGGCACAAAACAACCAGGAUGCUCUUGUCAUUGAGAUGGAUGAGCUACUAAAUAGGGCUGCUAAAGUGACUGCAGAUGGAGAGCAGACUGGCAAGGAUGCAGAAAGAACCAAUAAAAGGGCAAAACAACUGGAAGAGUUUGUCAAAGAGACACUACUGGCAUCUAAGGAAAUCUACGAUAAAGCUGUAAAACUGAAUGCAACAUUGGGAAUCCCAAACAAAACACUAGACAAAAGUUUCCAAGAGCUGCAAAAAGAUAUUGACAGUAUGAUGGCAGAACUGAGGAGAAAAAGCCUGAGAAAUCAGAAGAACACAGCCAACGAUGAGCUGAAAGCAGCAGAAGCUCUCCUGAAUAGAGUGAAGAAACUUUUUCAAGAGGCUUAUAAAAAGAAUGAGGAACUGAAUAAUGAGGUCAAGGAAAAGUUAGGUCCAUUUGAAGAGAAGCUGGAUGAUGUUUGGGAUCUACUGCGAGAAGCCAGGGGAAAAAUAAAGGCGGCGGAUGAUCUAUCUGUUGUCAACCAGCAAAACAUGACAGGGCUGGAGAGAAAAAAACAAGGUGUUGAAAAGGGAAAGAAAGAAACAGAAAACGUUUUAGGUGAAGGCGAUUCUAUCAUGACAGAAGUCAAUAACUUGGCACAAGUCAUCAAUGAAGCUGAAAAUGAUUUGUCUGACAUGAAUAAAGAGCUCCCACCUCUCACUAAACAACUUAAUGAAAAAAUAAAUAAUUUGACUCAAGAAAUUGCAAGACGGGAUCUCCCGGAACAAGUAUUACAGGCAGAAAACCAAGCAGCCCUGCUAAUAGACUCAUCUGCAGCUUUGGAUGGAAUCCUCGCCGAAGCUAAAAACCUUUCAUUUAAUGCAACAGUGGCUUUCAAUGCCUACAGUAAUAUUAAGAAUUUAAUUGAUGAGGCUGAAGAUACUGCAAAAGAAGCUAAAGCCAAGGCCAACGAAGCUAUAGAUCUGGUGACUGGUCCCCAAGGGUCACUCAAGGAUGAAGCCAAGAGUGCAAUUCAGAAAAGUUUUCGAGUUCUUAGUGAAGCUAAAAGGCACAGUGGUGAUGUUAAAGAAAAUGAAAACAAUCUUGCUGGUGUAAAGAACAGGUUGGAAAAUGCAGAUGAGAAAAAUCAGAAUGUGCUUAAAGCUUUGAAUGAUACCUUUGGAAAACUGGCAUCGAUACCCAAUGAUACAUUAGUAAAAAUUCAAACUGCAAAGGACAAAGCAAAGCAGGCAAAUGACACAGCCACGGAUGUCUUAGAACGCCUUAAAGAUUUAAACUUGAACCUUUUGGGACUGAAGCAGAACUAUACAGCUCUGAAAGCGGAUGUGGCCAAAACGAAUGCAGCUGUAAAAGAUCCAGUUGAAAAUAGAUUCAUUACAGAUGCAGAUGGCAGAGUAAAACUACUUGAGAAAGAGGCAGAUCGGUUACUGGAUAAAUUGAAACCAAUCAAAGAGCUGCAGGAGAACCUUGGAAAGAAUAUCUCACAGAUCAAGGAACUGAUCAAUCAAGCACGGAAGCAAGCCAAUUCUAUCAAAGUUUCAGUGUCAUCCGGAGGCGACUGUAUUCGUACAUAUAAGCCUGACAUAAAAAAAGGCAGAUUUAACACCAUCAUACUUAAUGUGAAAACAGACACCCCAGACAAUCUAUUGUUCUAUCUUGGAAGCAAACAGUUUACUGACUUUCUGGCCAUAGAAAUGAGGAAAGGAAAAGUCAACUUUUUGUGGGAUGUGGGAUCUGGUGUUGGGCGAGUUGAAUAUCCUGAGUUAAACAUCAAUGAUCAUUACUGGUACAGGAUUGAGGCUUCACGUUCAAGCAUAAAUGGUACCAUUUCUGUACAAGCACUAGAAGGUCCCAAAGCCAGUAUUGUACCUGGUGUGUUCAGUUCCACUUCUCUGCCUGGUUAUACUAUUUUGGAUGUUGAUGCAAAUGCCAUGCUUUUUGUUGGUGGUCUAACAGAAAAAAUCAAGAAAGCUGAUGCUGUUAAAACUACCACAUUUUCUGGCUGCAUGGGAGAAACAUUUCUGGAUGGCAAACCUAUUGGACUAUGGAAUUACAGGGACAGAGAAGGUGACUGCAAAGGAUGCUCCAUCAGCCCACAGAUUGCAGACAGCGAGGGUACUGUACAGUUUGAUGGAGAUGGAUAUGCCUUGGUCAGCCGCCCUAUCCGAUGGAAUCCAAAUAUUUCAACAAUAACGUUCAAGUUCAAAACCUUUUCUUCAAAUGCACUUCUGAUGUACCUGGCAACAAAUGACUUGAAAGAUUUUAUGAGUGUGGAGAUGACUGAUGGGCGUAUAAAAGUAAGCUAUGAUCUGGGGUCAGGCACUGCCUUUUCAGUUAGCAACAGAAAUCACAAUGAUGGAAAAUGGAAAUCCUUUACCCUCUCUAGGAUACAGAAACAAGCCAAUGUCUCAGUUGUGGAUCUAGAUACCAAUGAAGUGGACAAAUUAACAAUUAUGACAAGUGGAAGCAACUUUGGUCUUAAUCUUAAAUCAGAUGAGAAGAUUUAUUUUGGGGGUCUGCCAGUACUGAGGAAUUUAAGGCCUGAGGUUAAUUUAAAGAAAUAUUCCGGUUGUCUGAAAGACAUUGAAGUAUCUCGGACGCCAUACAAUUUACUCAGCAGUUCAGAUUAUAUUGGAUUAACCAAAGGAUGUGCUCUUGAGAAAGUAUACUUGGUCAGUUUUGCAAAACCAGGGUUUUUGGAGUUACCGCCAGUAUCGCUAGAUGUUGGGACUGAGAUUACCUUGUCAUUCAGCACUAAAAAUGAUUCAGGCAUUAUCUUGUUCGGCAAUGGAGGAAAUCUGGCUCCACCCAGAAGGAAACGUAGACAAAGUGGACAGGUCUAUUAUGCAGUCAUUUUAAAGAAAGGUCGUUUGGAAGUUACCAUCUCAGGAGGGAAAGACGUCUACAGAAUUACCAUCAGACCUGAAAAGGGGGAGUUCCAUGAUGGGAAAGAACAUUCUAUCCGACUAGAAAGAACACGAAAUCAGUUUACUGUGCAGGUUGAUGAAGAUAAAAUUCAGACCCUGAAAAUUCCAGCUAGCCAAUCAUUGGAUGUGAAAAAGCUGUUUGUAGGAGGCAUUGAUUCUGAUACACAGUAUUCACUGUUCCGAAACAUUCCACCAUUUGAAGGAUGCAUAUGGAACCUUCUUGUCAACGCUGUACCAAUGGAUUUCUCCCAGCCCGUGUCAUUUGAGAAUGCUGAGAUUGGUCAGUGCCCAACUCUUUUGCAAGACAGGCUACCAACAUAUCCAGAGGAAAAUGGAGACAGAGAUAAAAAUGCAACUCAGUCAUUAGUUCUGCCUGAAUCUGUUGACUCAACUGCAACACCGAAAGUUUCUCCAUAUCCUGUUCCUCCCCUUGAGCCUGACUCCACCGACGAGAAGAGUGCCAACAUUACAGAUGACCAUGAGGCCCCAACGGGUGAAUGUUCGGCUGACAGAGAUCCAGUAAUAUUGAAGAGUGGAAAACAAUUUGGGCUCUCCAGAAAUAGUCAUGUUGCCUUUGCAUUUGAUGAUACCAAAGUAAAGAACACACUUUCCAUUGAACUUGAGCUUCGUACUGAAGCUGAGUCAGGGUUAGUGUUCUACAUGGCUCGCAUAAACCAUGCUGAUUUCGCUACAAUCCAGAUCAAGGAAGGGAUGGCUCACUUUAAAUAUGAUCUUGGAAGUGGGGACACAAGCACAAUGGUUCCUCUUCAAAUAAAUGAUGGAAAUUGGCACAAGAUAACCAUCUUCAGGACAAAGCAAACAGCUUACCUUUUCGUGGAUAACAUAAGUAACUCAACUGUGAGCCCAAAGAAAGCAGAUAUCCUUGAUGUGGUUGGAAUGCUUUAUGUUGGUGGGUUGCCUAUAAAUUAUACCACCAAAAGAAUUGGUCCAGUGCUGCACAGUAUAAAUGGCUGCAUCCGGAACUUCAGAAUGGUGGAAGGGCACACAGAUCUAGAAAAUCCGACGUCCAGCUAUAAUAUUGGUUCUUGCUUUUUAAACCCCGAAAAAGGAACAUAUUUUCAUGGAUCAGGCUUUGCAAAAGCAGUUGGAGCAUUUAAAGUAGGCAUGGAACUACACGUGGAGCUGGAGUUCCGUACAUCACGCACAAAUGGAGUUAUACUUGGAAUAAGUGGCAAAAAGAUGGAUGGACUCGGCAUUGAAUUAGUGGAUGGUAAACUUCUUUUCCAUGCAGAUAAUGGAGCUGGCCGUUUUACAGCAGUCUAUGAACCAGAGCUUCCAGGUGGAUUAUGUGAUGGGAAGUGGCACAAAGUGUUGGCCAGCAAAAUUAAGCACCGAUUAGAGCUGAUAGUAGAUGAGAACAAAGUGGAAGCAAGUAGCUCUAAUUCUGCAUCCACAUCUGCAGAUACAAAUGACCCAGUUUAUGUCGGGGGUUAUCCUGAAGGACUGAGUCAGUUUGGCCUGACCACUGAUGUGAGAUUUAAGGGUUGCAUCAGAGACCUUAAACUUACCAAAGGCAAAUCAAAACCACAGGAAAUUAACUUCAGCAAGGCACUGGAGCUGGAAGGAGUGCAGCCAUUAACCUGCCCAGGAAUUUAACACAAUUUGUUCUGAUAAUUAACCCAAACACAUCACAUAUAUGUGUGUAUUGAAAAGAGCAGAAACUUCCUGUGUUAGCAUGGUACAACAUGUGUAAGCAUGCCAACAUCAGAUGUUAUUCUUAUAUUUGAAUGUUAUUAACAAAUAACUAUGUUCCCAUAUGUUGAAUAAAAAAAUAUUAUCAAAAACUGA